AUGUCCGAACAAGCACCGAAGCCAAACUCAAUGGCAGAUGUCCUUUCAAGGUUGCCAGACAAGCGCCCAAUUCAAAUUCAAAUUGCCCAAUUGAAAGCUCAUCUGACAAACACCAUUAAGACUCUCCAAAGUUGUCUUAUGACAGAGAUGACCAAGCUCAAAGCCGAUGUCCUCAUGAACCAAGCUUCCAAUGAGAAAUGCCUGAACGAUUUCGCGGAAACCUUGCGCAAUUACGAGAGAGAGAACCGAGACCUUUCCAGACUCAUCUACCGUUUCUUCGAAGAGAUAGAUGCCAUCUGGAAGGUACUCGGAAAGGACAGAACCUCCAACACCGUAAUUCGUGAACACAGAAUUGAAGAAGGAAUUGUCGAGGAAGAAGAGAAACACGAAGAAGAGGAAGUUUGGGCAACCCUUGUUGCCGAUGACACUUACGAAAUUUCCCAACCCUACCCAUACAAAAUCCGCAACAGGGAGACCGGCAAGGUUCUAACCCCAGUCCUCAACAACUUGGGACACUUGAACCUUAACCUUCGGAAUCGCGGUUCAAUCUCCAUGGGCAAGCUUGUCGCAAUUCAAUGGGUUCCAAAUCCAGGCAAGAAGACGAAGGUCAGACACAUUGACGGUGACAAGCUCAACAACCGUAAGGAGAACCUCGAGUGGUUCUAA